AUGUAUGUCGUCACAGAUGAUUUAGUGGUAGAACCAUUGUUGUCUCCAAUUUCAUCUUUAUAUUUACUUAACCGUUUCGAAAUUCCUCUUAGUGAUUUGAAGGAACAAGUUGUCGUCAUUGGCAUGAAAGAGAGUCUAAGCAUAUUGAAGGCAGCUUUAACCUCAACAUCUGCUCUCACCAAUGGUUUGCGUCACUUGUUAACCAAAGUUAAGGCGGAGGAAUGAGAAUUGUUAACGUUGUUAUGUCUGUUUAAGAUAUGUUGUGGAAAAGUUUUUAACGGCCAACGUUAUUAGUUUUACUUUUGUUGCUGUUGUUAUUUCUUAUUUAGCA